AUGGACGACCUGGCUCUGCUCGACCUGCUGGAGUGCCCAGUGUGCUUCGAAAAGCUCGACGCCACGGCCAAGGUGCUGCCGUGCCAGCACACGUUCUGCAAGCCCUGUCUGCAGAGGAUCCUCAAGUCCCAGAAGGAGCUCCGGUGCCCCGAGUGCAGGACGCUCGUCCUCUGCGGCAUCGAGCAGCUGCCGGCCAACCUGCUGCUCAUCCGCCUGCUGGAUGGUGUCAGGUACGGGCAGAAUGCGCCCCGCUUUGGCUCCAUGCAGCGCUCAGGGUUCCUGUCCUCCCCCGCCUGCAUCCGCAGGGCCCCGCGGGGUCUGCAGCUCGCCCAGCACCGGCCGCCCGCCGCCCCCAGGAGCCUCACGGACGGGGUGCCGCGAGCCAAAGCGCUGUUCUCGUACCGGGGGCACAACCCCGGGGAGCUGCGCUUCAACGAGGGGGACGUCAUCGUGCUGCUGCGGCAGCUGGACCAGAAUUGGUACCUGGGGGAGCUGAACGGCGUCAGCGGGGUCUUCCCAGCCAGCUCCGUGCAGGUCAUCAAACAGCCGCCGCUGCCGCCGCCCCUCUGCAGGGCUCUUUACAACUUCGAUCUGAGGAGCAGGGAUAGGAGUGAGAACAACGACUGCCUGUCAUUCCACAAGGGAGACAUCAUCACCGUCAUCAGCAGAGUCGAUGGCAACUGGGCCGAGGGCAAGCUGGGCGACAAAGUGGGCAUCUUCCCCGUGCUGUUUGUGGAGCCAAACACGACAGCACGGCAGCUCCUGCAAAGCAGCAAAGGCUCCUGGCCCACCCCGCUCCGCUGCACACCGCUGAGCGUGGCCUCCCCGAAGGCGCAGGGCCAGGAGCUGCACAAGGCGCCCGAUGCCCGGCGCAAGAGCCUGCGGCCCUUCUCCAUCACCACGGCCCUCAACACGCUGAACCGCAUGGUGCACGCCCCUGCCGACCGCCCCGCGCUGCGCAUCAGCUCCCCGGUGCUCAUCAGCUCCAGCAACCCCAGCGUGGCCGCUGCCGGCAGUGAGGAUCCGCCCCGCGGGACCCCCGCCCAGGUCAGUGCAUCCUACUAUCCUGCUCCAGGACCACUGAGGCACUCGGCAGCCAUUGUCACUCUGCCCCACCUGCAGCAUCACCUCUCAGCCAACCUGAAACCGAGCGUGCCCGACUCGAAGCUGCCCUCGCUGUACGCCUCGUGGACGCUGUCGGCCUCCUCAGUGUCCUCCCAGGGCAGCGCAUCAGAGAGCGCUCAGCGCCAGAGCCGUGCGCUGAAGGCAGCGCUGCCCGCGGGGCACACAGCUCUGCGGCGCGGCCGCGGCUGCACCAGGAAGAAUGGGUCCCUGCAGAGGCCGGGGCAGGCAGGGCUGCAGGCUGCCAGCUCCCUCCGCCGCGUUCCCACGGCCGGGCUGCAGCCGUACCCACAUGCUGGCAGCUCACCGCACAGCAGCCCCGCUGCCGGCACAGCUGAGAUGGGCACGAGGCCCAACUUCUCCCAUGAAGCCCUGCCAGCACUCGUGGUCAGAGGAGGGGAAAGCAGGACUCCAUCUGUCUGCAGUUCGGUGAUCCUGGACACCACGGAGCCUCUGGGAAAGAGUGAGUCGGUGCCCCGGCCGCCCGCAUCAGCCCUGCCAUCCAUCCUGGUGAAGCCGGACACCUCCCGUAACAGCAGUGACAAGCAGGUGAAGACGGUGCGGUUCCAGAACCACAGCCCGCCGCCCAAGCGGCACGGCCCGCAGCCCUCCCCGCGCCUGCCCCGCAGCAGCACCGACUUGGUGCUCACAGCUGAGCCCCCGCCGUCCGAGGGGAGCCCCGAGCCGCCCACACUGCCCUCCCCACGCCUGGGCAGCAGCCCCCUGCACCCCCGCAGAGCGCUGCACCCGCGGGCGGCAUCGCUGGAGCUGUCAGCGCCGCUCACCUUCCCGGUCAGGAAGAGCUACAGCAGCGUCUCCGCCAACUGA